AGAGGAGGUGCGCGUGCGCGGGGACCACUCUGAGGAUCAGCUGUUGAAGGAAAACAUUGAGUAGUGACACACUCCACGCACUAGCACACUUACACAUCUUGUUAUCCACUAACUAACCACUUUUUUUUCCGGAGAAAUAUGGGCGGUAGCACCUCCAAACUGAAGCGGUGGAUGAGCAAUGGUGUGGAUGGCACAGAACAGUGCCAGAGACCCGUCAAGAAGCUGGCCACACCGUUCGUCUACACUCGUAGAGGGUCUAUGUAUUUUGAUGAGGAUGGCGAUGUGGCUCAUGAAUUUUACGAGGAAAUUCCACCUUUGCGUCGGGGCGUGAAAGCAACGAUGAGAAGAAUACUUACAAAUCUUACUCCGCAGGGUGAAGUACGACUACCAUUUCCAUGUCUCCACGUAGACUUCCCAAUUGUCCUCUAUCAAGAUAGCUGAGAUGAGAUAGGGGAGAUGGACCCCUAAAAAAUCCUGAUGCUACAGAAACCAUAUCCGAAGUCCAACAGGUGAUGUGCUAAUGCAGACUGCGAAAGAGAGGCACUAUAAAUUAUGCCUUUUGAUGGAAAUUUCAAUAAUUCUGUUCUCAGCUGUAAACACAAAAGUUGCAAGUUAACUACAGUGUGUGUUCUGAAAUCCCUCCACUCCUCCUCAUUGCAGCCCCAGAUAAGGAGUGAACAAAGAGUGUUGCAGCCAUGUGCUGAUGCCAGAAUGCUACCCACUCAGUGCCCCUUUCAAUGAUGGUUGUGAUAAUCUUAUUGUAAACCACUGUUAAAGUAUUUCAACUUCACUAUAGUGUAACCAUUGUGAGUGAAUCUAAUAAGCAUGAUGUAUUCUACCCUCCAUGUCCCAGAUGAACUAUAUUUUACCACAUUCACGUUCAGUUUGUUCUCUUUGAUUUUUCAUUGGUGUAUGGCUGAAGAUUGACUAAGGUGAGGUACUUUAAGUAGCACCUAACUCAUGCAGUAGGGACAAUAAACAAUUGUGGCAGUUUUAUGUAAACUAAAAUUUAUUACUUUUUUAUUGGUAUGGUAAAAUAGUAUACAGUAUUAAAUUGACCUAUGUCAAUUAAUAAGUAGUUUAUUUAGUACCCAACUUUUCUAUAUCAAGAGUAUUUUUAUCCAAAGAUUAUCUUGCUCAAUGAAAGGAUUGAUGAUGAAAGAUUUAUUUUAAUGUUUCAGAAAUUUAGUGUAGCCAGCAAAACAUGAUGGAGAUGACUAUAAGGGUUUUUUCAUUAUUUUAUUAUUAUUGCUACCAUUUGUAAUGAGAAUUGGUAAUAACGAAAAAUGCAGGUUGUAACAAAAAUAUGUGCCAUGUUUUUUCAAGACUGUCAGGAUGAUAUUGUCAUGAUGAGGUGCAGCGUGUUCAUUAGUCUCGAACAACCACAAAGUUGAUGUACCAAACCUCGUGUGUCAUCCCUUAAGAUCUCAUGUAUUACAUUGUGUAAUGCUCUAUGACCCAUAUUAGUUUAGGGCUUUUUUGUGAAUAUAAUAAUUCUUUAUUAUUUAGUUCUGUAGUGUAAAUAUUAAUUUAAUUUUACAAGUUUUGUUAUUUUGUAAAAAAUACUCCUUGCACUCCAGUUUUUAUUUUUGGUGUCAAGGUUUGUACAUGAAACUUAUUUAGUGGAUAUGAUAACAUUGUAUGUAUAUCAUGAUUAAGUCAAAAUUAAAUGUGUUGGCUUCAAUUGGAAAGGUAUAUGGCCUUUCUUAAUCCUGUAUUAUUAGAAUUAUUUAUAUACAUAUAUAUAUAUAUGUACAGUAUAUUAAUAUAUUAUAACUGAAAAUUGUAUGUACUAGAAUUGGUGUAUUGCUUAUGUGCUAUUAAAAUAGUU